AUGUCUCAAGACACCAAUUUCAUACUCCAUCAGGCAGCUAGUCAUGAGGAUGUCUACUUGUAUGAAUAUGAAGACAGCCCAGGUCCUGAUUGUGAAGAUCUUGCCUUUGAUCUCAGAUGCAGAUCCAAAAGCCCCUGGAAUGAUAAGGUCAUUGGCUUGCUCCUUGAAGAAUUGCAGAGAAGGGAUGACAUAGAGAGCUGGCCAUUUCAAAGGUCAGAGGCAUAUUUCAGGGAAAUUCUUCAAGCUCACUACAAGCACCUGUGUAUGAUCUGGAUGGCUGCACAACCCAAGGUUACAGCAAUGGGUGGAGUGGAGACUCCUGCAGAGGUAGAGCAGAGGCUGAUCACGAAGAAGGACAAGACAUUGAAAGCAACUCAUCAAACAAUGUGUCGGAAAAAUAAAUAUCUUCACAGAGUCAUGGUUCUUAAUCAUCUCGUCAAGCACAGGAUGGACAAGAACAAGGAAGACAUCCCAGCCUGGGAGUGGCUUCAGUUCAAAGCCGAUGAAAUGGAUACAGUCAGCCGGGAAUCCAAUGACAUCCAGAAGAGAAGUGGAUGGAUUGCCUGA